AUGUCUCGCUUUAAUGAAACUAAAGAUUUCGGAGAUGCAGCCUCGUUCCUACGUCUCACCAACUUGGAGGCUUUGGCCGCCAGGACCCUGGCUUUUGAUGGUAGGAUAACUGUCAGAAACGCAAAUCAGUUCAACAAUUGUAUUUGUCAUGCCAUACACUACUAUCUAUGGACUAUAUGGAAGCUGACCAUGACAUUUUCGACAGUUUUGCAAGUUUUGGUGGUACACUUUUUUUUUGUAAAGUUUUUGUCCCUCAGUUGUCUUCUAAAUGCCCAUUAAAUGUCUAUUAUUUUGCUCAGGUACAAAACGAGUCUGGAUCCCGGAUGAGAAGGAGGCUUACAUCGAGGUGGAAGUUAAAGAACUUGAUGGUGACAAAGCCACUGUGGAGACCAAAGAUGGAAGGGUUGGUAGGCUAUUCAUUGAAGUUGAAUACAACAUAAUAAGGAUAAUUUGAGCACCUGUCCUGUAGUUAAUAUUGCAGAAAGUGAUAUCAUAAUACUGACUCUUCUCUUCAACACUUGUUGAAACUGACAUCAUUAAGUCCAUGAUAUACAGUAGCUAAAUCCAAAUAUACUUAUAUUUGUUCUGAAGUGCAUAGACUGUUAUAUAUUUUUUUCAUGAAAUAGAUUUGCAGACCUAAUAACCUUGUAUAUGAAAUGUUAGCACCAAAAGUUGAUUAUGAUGUGGUACAGUAGUGCUUUAAGUCCCUUGAAUUAACCCUGGUGCUUUGCUGACAUUUUUUUACGUCCAUUGUGGUAUGGGUCAGAUUGACCCGCACAGUUUAAACACACUCAAGACAGUCAAUUUUGAUUACAUUGGAAGCUGACAGUCUACCUUGACUUCGUUGUGGUGAUGGUGACCAUUCUAUAUUACCAUCUUUAGACUUCCAUGUCCUCUCUUCUCUGGAUGAUGGUUGUUGCAUGCUCUCUCUCUCAUCUGGUGGAGGGGAUGGUAUGACAGACACCUCCUCUGAAUCCUCUUCACCAAAGAAAAUUUACAAUCUGGAUCAUCAACAGCAUUGUCCUCUAUCUCUGAAAUGGCCUCUGUCUCUGAAACCUCUUCUUCUAUUUCACUGUCACAGUCCAGAAUUUGUGAUAAGGCUUCAUUGACUGAAAAUCUUUAGGAGCUCGUUUUUGAGAUCUGCUGCUCUUGCACUGAGAAGGAGAAGCUUGGGAAAGCUCCUUUUCACCCGAACAUAAUUAUACAAGUGCAACCAGAACCAGUCAAAACAAAAUACAUCAAAGACAUUUGUUUAUUUUGGACCUGUGCAAAUAUCUAUACACAUGAAAGCCACCAGGUCAAAAUAACCCACAACAUCAUGUUUGUAUACAAAAUCUACACAGACAUUCCACAACACAUCAGUGUGUCCACAUUUUGCAGUUAGGUUCAUGACCCUAAAGGAGGAAAACUCAUUUAAUUUCAUGGAGAAAAAGAGAGGUUAACUAGUAUUUUAGACAACUCCAAAGUGGAAAUGGGUCAAAUUGACCUGCAACAUAAUAGGAGGGUUAAGUGAUAUAUCAUCACCUACCUACUGUAUGAAUUGACUACAGACUUACACUGUUGUUUUUUCCCCCUCUCUCCCUAAGACUUUGGUUGUGAAGGAGGAUGACAUUCAGCAGACGAACCCUCCGAAGUUUGACAUGAUUGAGGACAUGGCCAUGCUGACCAACCUCAAUGAAGCCUCUGUGCUUUUCAACCUCACUAGGCGCUACAGUAUGUGGAUGAUCUAUGUGAGUCACGGUUCUGUACAUCACACCAUAGAGGGGAGGAUAAACUGAGGCUAUUCUGAACCAGUGAGACUCUCCCUGUGUCUCUCACUCUAUAUGUGGUGUAUUUAUUUUUGUGUUUCACAAAACUUUUACCUUUUAUUUAUUUCAUUUCCUUUCUGUUUAACUCCCUCUCUCCUUGUUUGUAUCUCUCACACAACCACAUUUUCUGUCAUCUCUUUCUCUCUUUUCUCUCUCUCUCUCUCUCUCUCUCUCUCGCUUUCUGUCUCUGUCUCUCUCUUUCUCUCUCAUCUCUCUAACGCUGCAGACCUACUCUGGGUUGUUCUGUGUGACAAUCAACCCAUAUAAGUAUCUUCCUGUCUAUUCGUCUGAUGUGAUCGCUGCCUACAAAGGCAAGAGGCGCAAUGAGACCCCGCCCCAUAUCUACGCCAUCGCUGACAACGCCUACAGUGAUAUGUUGCGCAGUAAGUCUCAACCAAUACAGUCUUUGGUCUCAAUACACACUCUAAACAUAGAAGCUGUGUCAUGUUGGAAUUAAGAAUCCAUGUUCUACAUUUAGAUCAAAUAUGCUCAGUGCUUACACAAUGCCUAAAAAUACUUAUUUUUCUGCUAACUCUGGGCAAUAUGUUCUCUUAAUAGAUCGUGAGAAUCAAUCCAUGCUUAUCACGUAAGUCAAAGCCCUGCUCUAUUCUAAUGCUGCCAUUAGAUUGACACAGCUGUGUUUGUUUUCAAAUUACUGAAAAAUGUGUUUUCUACAAAUUCUAAUGAAUUGUUACAAUUCACCCAAAAAGCAUAGAAUUCAUACUCCCUCCAAAAGCAUUUAGUUGGCACUUAGAAUUUUUUUCAUUUACUUAUUAUUUAGGUUUCGUCUUCCCUUCCAGGGAUCUCUUGCAUUAUAGUAUUUACUGUGCUGAUGGAAACAGUUCAUUUUUGUCACUCUUGUCAGAGUGAGGUACAUACAUUUUUCCUUAUAAUUAUGUUGAUUUUUUUCAAAUACAUUUUUGUCUACCACUCCCAGCGGAGAAUCCGGUGCUGGCAAAACAGUCAACACGAAACGUGUAAUUCAGUAUUUUGCCAUUGUAGCAGCCCUGGGUGAUGCAGCCAAGAAAGGAGUAAGGCAGAGAGCUUCCCAGAUUUGAACAUUCCCCCACCCUUUUUUCAACCCAAUCCCUUUUUCAUCUUUCAUUCUUUUUUGCAUUUUGUUUAUUUUUUGACAGACUUGUUAUAUUUUGACAAUUUGAUAACUACUGGUUGUGUGUAUUUGACCUAUAGGUAGCCUAAAGUUUUCCCCCUGGCUUUCCCUGGUUUGCAAACCAAAGAGUUACCUUUGUCGUUUGUCUCCCUGAUCCUGCAGACUUCCUUGUCCCAAAACAUGCCUGUUUUUCAUGAUUCCUUUUUAUUCCAUUAUUUUCUCCCUACUUUCCCCAGUUACUUUUUGCAAAUGUCUUUUUAUUGUAACAUCUAAGUUGAUACCCUAUUUUGGUUUUUGACUUUUUCCCAGAUGUUUUUAUCCUCCUUCCAUCACAUUAUUCCUAUUUGGAAGUCAAUUUCUCCCCCGCUAAUACAUUCUCUCUUCACAUGCCAAUCAGUGAGCAAAAUCACCUUGUGCUUUCCUUAAAAUCAUGUUGCCAGCCUUACAGCAAUUGGCAUCAAGUCACUCACCUUUUACUUCCCCAGGGUACCUUAGAGGACCAGAUCAUUGCGGCUAACCCAGCCAUGGAGGCUUUUGGUAAUGCCAAAACACUGAGGAACGACAACUCCUCCCGAUUUGUGAGUGUCACAUCAUUUAUCACUACAUAGAUUGGCUUAACAUCUCUUCUGAGUAGAAUGGAUAAGAAUAUGUGUUUGUGUUUGUGUCUCUCUCUUUCUCUUCUCUUCUCUUCUCUCUCGUCUCAGGGCAAGUUCGUCAGGAUCCACUUUGGUCCUACAGGGAAACUGGCCUCUGCUGAUAUUGACAUAUGUAAGCUGUCUGACAUCACACCAUGUAGAAUUUAGUUUUUCACAUCCAACAGUUGUCACAUCCAACAGUUAUCCUCCAAGCCAAUGCAAACCUCCUCUCCACUGUCACCCUUUGUAGAUCUUCUGGAGAAGUCCAGAGUGGUCUUUCAGCAGCCUGGAGAGAGGAGCUACCAUAUCUACUACCAGAUAUUAUCUCACAAGAAACCAGAGCUUCAAGGUAUGGGAAGGCUACAUACAAGGGCAUAUUUAGCAAUGGAUGCAUUAAAUGAGUAAUAGCUAUCCCAAUAGUUUUAUCAGUUCAGAGUUCUCCAAGUGCCCCAUGCCUUUAACAGGAUGUCUUCUCGUUGAUCUUCCAGACAUGUUGUUGAUUUCCACCAAUCCCUUCGACUACCACUUUUGCUCCCAGGGUGUGACAACAGUGGAGAACAUGAAUGACGAAGAGGAACUGUUGGCCACAGAUGUAAGCUCUGCCUCUUUCUACGAAUGCUCUUUCCUUCCCUCUGUUUUCCAUGUUGAGUUCCAUCUCUAUUGUGUGUCUCUCUCUAUCCGUUUGUUGUUUUCAUUUUCUGUGCUCCCUGUCUGUUUUCUCCUAACUCUCUAGUCUGUCUCUUUCCCUCCCUGACCCCUCCCUCAGCAUGCUAUGGACAGUCUGUGCUUCACUCCUGAGGAGAAGUAUGGCUGCUAUAAAAUAGUGGGGGCCAUCAUGCACUUUGGCAACAUGAAGUUCAAGACGGUUCAGAGAGAGGAGCAAGCAGAAGCUGACGGCACUGAAAGUGAGUCCCCUUUUCCAUUUACUUCAUGAAAAAUGAAUAUAAUAUAUUUACUCUCUUAACAGUGUCAAUAUAAAACACCACCCAAUACAUACAUUGUGUAUGCAUGUGCUUUGCUCUUCAGGUGCUGACAAAGCCUCCUACCUGAUGGGAAUCAGUUCAGCUGACCUCGUCAAAGGACUGCUGCACCCUCGGGUCAAAGUGGGGAACGAGUACAUCAUCAAGGGCCAGACUGUUGAGCAGGUGAGCUCCCUUUCUCUGUCUCCGUAGAACAACUGUAGAACAAGAAGGUAUUAUGGACUUCAAGCAAAUAUUAUUCACAUUGCCAAUAUUGUUUUCUGAGUAAAGUCAGUGAUAUACUGUAACAGCUGUAUGUUUCCUUUGUGUAGGUGAACUAUUCAGUUGGAGCUCUAGCCAAAUCCACCUACGACCGCAUGUUCAAGUGGAUGGUGGGCCGGAUCAACAAGAGCCUCUACACGUCCCUGCCUCGCCAGUUCUUCAUCGGUGUGCUGGACAUUGCAGGGUUUGAGAUCUUCGAGGUAGGCCUACACAUUAUAAAGCCAAGCCUGCUUCUGAACAAACUCUGCAUUUGAUAUGGUCUUUCUCCAGACUGUUUCAGCUCAUAAACCUAUCUUUCUUUUCUAUCCCCCCUUCCCUCUAUCUCUCCGUUCUCCCCUCAAGUUCAACAACUUUGAGCAGCUGUGCAUCAACUUUACCAAUGAGAAACUGCAACAGUAUUUCAACCACCACAUGUUCAUCCUGGAGCAGGAGGAGUAUAAGAGGGAGGGUAUUGAGUGGACCUUCAUCGACUUUGGCCUGGAUCUACAAGCCUGUAUCAACCUCAUAGAGAAGGUAUGUGGCUGUUGUCUCAGCCAUUCAAAUAAGGAGCUAGAGCUGAAGGAACUGCCAAUGUUGGGGGUUGUAUCUGUGUGUGAUAUUAUACUGUAUGUAUGUUUCCUGCAGUCCAUGGGCAUACUGUCCAUCCUGGAGGAAGAUUGCAUGUUUCCAAAGGCCACUGAUAUCAGCUUUAAGACCAAGCUGUAUGACAACCAUGUGGGCAAGUCUCCCAACUUCCUCAAGCCACGGCCUGACAAGAAACGCAAAUAUGAGACCCACUUUGAGCUGGUGCACUAUGCUGGAGUGGUAAGUGAUCCAGUCUGUGCUGUUGUGUGUGUGUGUGGAAUGGGUGUGUUUCUACCCACUGUUCAUUUGAAACAUUUACUUUUAUACAAAUCUAUUGGAUGUCGUCAUUGACCCUCCCUCUCACUCCAGGUACCAUACAACAUCAGUGGAUGGCUGGACAAAAACAAAGACCCCUUAAAUGAGACAAUAGUUACCUGUUUCCAGAAGUCAUCUAAUAAACUGUUCGCAAGCCUCUUUGAGAACUUCAUCAGUAGUGAUGCAGGUAUUGACAACUUUAUAUCUUCACAUAUCUGAACGUGAAACUACAGUAAAUGGGGAAAUUAAGUACUCAUGAUCUACGUUUUGACCUUCCAGCUGCUGAUCCAAAGACCGAGGCCAAAGGGAAGAGGAGGAAAGGGGCCUCCUUCCAGACUGUGUCACAGCUUCACAAGGUGUGUUAGAGUGAGGUAGACUCAGACGGGCAUUACGAGAGUGUGUCUAAGUGUCUGUUGUAUUGUUUAGUAAAGACCAGAAGAAGGGAAGGAUUUAAAUCUCUGUUGUUUUCCUGAGUCACGAUGACGUGCCUGAGUUGAGAGGGAAGUAGUUAAGACUUGCAGUGAUGUUUAGGUAACUCAACUCAUGAACAUCACUUUAAGUCUGUGCUACAUCCACUCUUUCAUGCCUCUGACUGAGAACGAGGAUGAGGUAAGACACACCUUGGAGAAGAGCACCCACACUUCUUUAAUGUAAUGUUCCCUCAACACAUUAUGUUGUUUUAGGUGAGGUACAGGAUUGGAUCAAAAGGAUUUGUGGGAUUUAUCCAGUAAGACACUUUUACUUGCUCAUUGAAUUGUAAAUCAUAUCCACUUUCUGCUAAUCUGCCCAUUUGCAGGAAAAUCUGAACAAACUGAUGGCCAACCUACGCAGCACCCAGCCUCACUUUGUGCGUUGCAUUAUCCCGAAUGAGUCAAAGACUCCAGGUAAUGGAUUAUGAUGAUGACGUAUCUAAAGCUUUAAUACAACUGACUUCACCUUGUCACCGUUGGCUCCAUCUCUGAUGCUAGGUGUCUCAGUGCUGUAAGAUUGAUUAUUUCUGUCUUUAUCCAAGGGGGCAUGGACCCAUUCCAGGUCCUCCACCAGUUGCGGUGUAACGGAGUACUGGAGGGAAUCCGUAUCUGUAGGAAGGGCUUCCCUAACCGGAUCCUAUAUGCAGAGUUCAAACAACGGUGGGCACAGCACCUCUCUGGACAAUGUAGAACCUUAACAUACAGAGACACAAAGGCUGCGUUUAGACAGGCAGCCCAAUUCUGAUCUUUUUGUCACUAAUUGGUAUUUUGACCAAUCAGAUCAGCUCUGAAAAAUAUAUGAUGUGAAAAGAUCUGAUGUGAUUGGUCAAAAGACCAAUUUGUGGAAAGAAAUAUCAGAAUUGGGCUGCCAUUGUGAACUCAGCAAAACACGAGUGUGCCAUCUCAUUAUCAAAAUGGCAAUAAUGUGCAGAAUAAAUGUUUUCCCUGCUGUGUGUUCUGUCCUGUGCAGCUAUCGUAUCCUGAACCCCAUGGCGAUCCCAGAGGACUCCUUUGUGGACAGCAGGAAGGCUGUGGAGAAGCUGCUGGGCUCCCUGGACAUCGACCACACCCAGUACAAGUUUGGAAUCACCAAGGUGGAUACUGUAUGACUGGCACUAGUGCACCUGGAUGAGUUUGCAGCUGAGAGAUAGCCUUAUGUUUUGAGAUCUCAUCUCCAGGUGUCCCUUGUGUUGGGGCUGAAGCUUAUAGAAUGGCCACUCCUCAUCGGUUGUUGACAGAAACAGACAGUAUGUUAAUGUGUAUUGGGGCAGACUUGGAGAGAGAAACUAUAACUGACAGUAUGGUUUGGGUGUCCUCAGGUGUUUUUCAAGGCAGGGCUGCUGGGCCUGCUGGAGGACAUGAGGGAUGAAAGGCUGUCGGAGAUCCUUACCAUGCUGCAGGCUAUGCUUCGGGGCAAACUCAUGAGGAUGGAGAGACGCAAGAUGAUGCACGAGAGGUAGGGAGCACAAGUCAGGCGGUUCCACUGGGACUGCUGUGUCUUGAGUUUUCAGGCCCAACCCAAAACAUUUUAUUGACAAGGUUAUUUAGUAGUGUUUUGUAUGGGAACUCUGUGGGUUAGUGUGUGUAUUUGCCCCCAGGUUUGUUGGUAUGUACGUGGAAUGUAUAGAGUGUGGCGAGCGUGUGUCAGCACUUGCUUGCUUUACAUUGUGUGUGUGGUCUCGGUGGAAAUAGCCCGUUAUAACCUCCGGGUGCAAAUGGUGCUUACAAAAACAGGAGGGGUUGACACAUGGCCCUUAAAGAGCAGUAACAGCAGCUGUCAUGUCCUCCAGCCCAGCCUCGUAUUAAUAAUAACCCAUUCUCCCCCGGCCCCCUUUGUCCAUGGAGCCUCCACAUAGCUGGAAUAACUGGUCAGGUGAUAAGGGAUUAAGUCUUAGGUUUCACAGUGGGCUGGAGUUUCAGAUAAAAAGGACCUCUACCUGACCUUUGUCUCUGCCUUGCUUUGCCAGGGAUUCACUAUUGAUUUAUUUCCCCGACUGGAAUGCUUGCUGUGUCAUAGCACCCGCUAUUGUAAAGCAAAUGAGACAAUGUCCUGCGCUCGCCAGGCCAUAUUUGGGAAGCAGGGCACACACAGAUCUAAUUUAGAACAGAGGAGGAAGGGAGGAAUCUGGACCACACCACCAGCCCACCAACAUGACCAGUUGAUUGGACACAUGACAGGGAAGUGUAAGGGUGGAAAGCCAUAGGACAAAGAAUUCUAGCUACCUUUAUAGUCUACUGCUUUACAGCCGAUUUCCAAAAAGUUCUACUAAUACACACUUUAAAUGUGUUAUCCUCUCACUUCUCUAUCGCUAAUCAAAUCAGGCAUAUGUUGAAGUAUUUUCCCUUUCCUUAGUACAGUCUCAAAGGUCAUUCGGAAAACACCACUUAGUGCACACAAAAAUCAUUCCCCUCUGUUCACCCCUGUGUAAACCUGAAUUACUUCCCCCUCUAACUCCACAGAGAGGCUCUAGAGGUGAUCCAGUGGAACAUCCGGGCGUUUGCAGCGGUGAAGAACUGGCCAUGGAUGAUGCUGUUCUUCAAGCUCAGGCCUCUCCUGAGGAGCGCCACGGCCGAGAAGGAGCUGGCCGCCCUCAAGGAGGAGUUUGCCAAGCUGAAGGAGGCGUUUGACAAGUCGGAGGCCAAGCGCAAGGAGGUGGAGGAGAGACAGGUGGCCCUGAUCCAGGAGAAGAAUGACCUGGCCCUGCAGCUGCAGGCAGUGAGUCUUUACUGUAGGAUAAGGAUCAAUGAGACAGGAUUAGGAAAGAUGAAGACAAUAUGAUCAGACAAGAUAAAUGUAGACUUAAUAAGAUUAUACCAGAAACGAUUAGGCAAUAAAUCAAGAUAAGUGAUGCUAAGAGGAAGUACUAAACAGGAAAUCUCUGUGUGACCCCUGACCCCAGGAGCAGGACAACCUAGCGGAUGCAGAGGACCGCUGUGACCUGCUGAUCAAGGCCAAACUGCAGCUGGAGGCCAAGGUCAAAGAACUGAUGGAGAGACUGGAGGAUGAGGAGGAGAUGAACGCCAGCCUGACUGCCAAGAAACGCAAGCUGGAGGAGGAGUGUGCAGAGCUGAAGAAGGAUAUCGACGACCUGGAGAUCACCCUGGCCAAGGUGGAGAAGGAGAGACAUGCCACGGAGAACAAGGUGAGCAGGGGAAUGGUGGCUUACUGCCUGCAGAGACAUUAUUCAGCAUUCCUGUAAACCUCUUGGUGUUACCUGGGCAGUCAAUUUACUGUACUGUGUAUAUAUUAUAGUAUAUUUCAGAGAUUAUUUCUCACAUUGCUGGUAUAUUUCCUUCCUUUGCUUCUGAUAUUUGAUAUUUAUACCACAUUGUUUGUUCCCCCUGUCUUUCCUCAGGUGAAGAACCUGAUGGAGGAGAUGGGUGUUCUGGACGAGUCCAUCCUGAGCCUGACCAAAGAGAAGGCGGCUCUGCAGGAGGCCCACCAGCAGGCCCUGACUGACCUGCAGGUCGAGGAGGACAAGGUCAACAUGCUGAGCAAGGCCAAGGUCAAGCUGGAGCAGCAAGUGGACGAUGUGAGUAAAGGGGCAUGAAAAAUACACACCUCUCCUCAUACAGUAGCCUAACUAUCUCCUUAGUUAAGUACAUAGCGUCUGUCCCAUUCAUUAAAAUGGUCCUGAUAUGAUAUAUCUUAUACUGAUGUAAACCCCCCCCACCCCACCCCAAGUUGGAAGGUUCCUUGGAGCAGGAGAAGAAGGUGCGUAUGGAUCUGGAGCGGGUCAAGCGUAAGCUGGAGGGGGAUCUGAAGCUGUCCAUGGAGUCUGUCAUGGACCUGGAGAAUGACAAGCAGCAGCUGGAGGAGAAACUCAAGAAGUGAGAAUCAUCUCUUCAAUCUGUUAGUUAAUAAGGCCUUUAUAAGUGGUCUGUGAGAUCAUUGUUAGCUGACCAAGUAUAAAUAAACGAUUUACUGACUGUCAAUUAGUCUGCAAAUGAAUUACUUAUCAGCAUUUACAGAGAACAAUGUUUAUCCAUGUUAAAUCUUUUUUGUACUGUAUAUUCCUCUGACUCCUCACUAUCUCCUCCCGAACAGAAAAGACUUUGAAAUGAGUCAGUUCAGUUCGAAGGUGGAAGAUGAGCAAGCCCUAGUCAUUCAACUCCAAAAGAAAAUAAAGGAAUUGCAAGUAUGUCUAUCUAUGUGUCUCUAUAAAAAUAAGAUUUUAAAAACCGCAUUGUGGACCACCAGUUUUGAGACACUAAAAGCAGUCAUAUUAAACAUGGUAGAGUAUUUCCUUUGGAGUCAUCUAUAAUGCAUCACAUGAUCUAUAUACAUGUAUGCGUAAACAAAAACAAAGUACAGUAGAUAAAAGGACAUUUAGCACUUGUAAAGAAACGUCUCCAUUGGAGGAUAAGGUAUGUUACCAAAUUGCUAAUGUAAAUGUUCCCCUGCCUCUCCCUCAGACUCGUAUCGAGGAGGUGGAGGAGGAGUUGGAGGCGGAGAGAGUGUGGAGGACCAAGGCAGAGAAGCAGCGUGGCGACGUGUCCCGGGAGCUGGAGGAACUGAGUGAGAGACUGGAGGAGGCGGGCGGGGCCUCGGCCGCCCAGAUCGCCAUGAACAAGAAGCGCGAGCAGGACUUCCUGAAGAUGCGGAGAGACUUGGAGGAGGCGGGGCUUCACCACGAGGCCACAGCGACCGCCCUGAGGAGGAAGCACGCUGACAGCGUGGCGGAGCUGGGCGAGCAGAUUGAUAUGCUACAGCGCGUCAAACAGAAGCUGGAGAAGGAGAAGGCGGAGUACAGGAUGGAAGCAGAGGACCUGGCCUCUAACCUGGAGCACCUCUCCAAGGCCAAGGUGAGAGGGAGAGAGGGUUCGUCUGGUCACUGAGAUGUGACGAUCUCCUCAGUGUCCUACACACAAGGCUAGUUGGGAUGGCCUGAAUUGCAACAGUAUGAGAAGUUAGAAUACAUUACAUAACACUCAGUAUUUUCUAAGGCAGAGUUUUGCUUGAUAACAGGCUACCACAGAGAAGAUGUGUCAUCUGUAUGAGGACCAGAUGAACGAGGCCCGGGCCAAAGCAGAGGAGCUACAGAGACAGCUGACUGACAUCAGCAACCAGAGAGCCUGCGCUGUCACAGAGAGCUGUAAGGGUCACACGGGCCACGGCACGGCAUGACAUGACAGAAGGUUAACUGACCUUGGGAAGCUUACCAAACGUAUCUCUCUCUGUCUCUCUCUCUGUCUCUCUCUCUGUGUGUGUGUGUGUAGCUGAGUACAGCCGUAGGCUGGAGGAGCGGGAGGCUAUGGUCAGUCAGCUACAGCGCACCAAGAUCUCCUUCAGCCAGAACACUGAGGAACUAAAGAAACAGCUGGAGGAGGAGAACAAGGUCAGAGGUCACACUUAAGUCAAACAUUAAGUGAUCAACCUGAUAUGUAAAAAUACAAAAGUUUAAAGGCUUUUUCCUGUCAGACCCCAUAACAAGAAUAUGAAUGAUGUGAUUUCUUCCUUCUCUGUCCCAGGCUAAGAAUGCCCUGGCCAAUGCCCUCCAGUCCUCCAGACAUGACUGUGACCUGCUGAGGGAGCAGUAUGAGGAGGAGCAGGAGGCCAAGUCUGAGCUGCAGCAGGCCCUAGCCAGGGCCAACGCUGAGGUGGCUCAGUGGAGGACCAAGUAUGAGAUCGAUGCCAUCCAGAGGACUGAGGAGCUGGAGGAAGCCAAGUAAGUCUGAUGCUCUCAAAUGAUCUGUUUGUCUACAUAAAUGAGAGUGAAAAAAGCUUUUGAACAAGACUCGCUUAUUGCUCUUCUUUCUGAGAAAAUGUCAUGUUAACCCCUGACUGUGACCCUAAAGGAAGAAGCUGGCGGUGCGUCUGCAGAACACUGAAGAGGCAGUGGAGGCAACUCAUGCUAAAUGCUCCUCUCUGGAGAAGACCAAGCACCAUCUGCAGACAGAGAUCGAAGACCUGAUUGUGGACCUGGAGCGCUCCAAUGCUGCUGCCCUUGCCCUGGACAAGAGACAACGCAACUUUGACAAGGUAAGCAGUGAGCCCAUAAGCAUUAGUAGUUAGUAAGUUGUCAAAAGAAGGAUUUCCACAUUUGCAUGACAACCCAAGAGCACAAUAAAUAAUAAACAUGAGUACUGACAAUGUAAAAUGCUGCAGGUGCUGUCAGAGUGGAGGCAGAAGUAUGAGGAUUGCCAGUCGGCACUGGAGAGCUCUCAGAAGGAGUCUCGCAGCCUGAGCACUGAACUCUUCAAGCUGAAGAACUCCUACGAGGAGGCCAUAGACCACCUGGAGACAAUCAAACGGGAAAACAAGAACCUGCAAGGUAAACACUGUUCUAAAUAAUACCAAUAAACCAUUGUCGUUUGAGGGACGAGCGUGGUUGUAGGAGUGACGCCACCUAUCAUAAGACAAUGCUAAUAAACAUCACAAGAGUGAACACAAAGGCCUCUAUCUAACCCUAACGCUAUCUAACCCAUAGUGUAAUUUGUUUCCCCAGAGGAGAUAGCUGACCUAGCUGACCAGAUCAGCCAGGGUGGGAAGACCAUCCACGAGCUGGAAAGGAUGAAGAAGGUUCUGGAUGUCGAGAAGAGUGACAUCAAGGCUGCUCUGGAGGAAGCUGAGGUGAGCACGCAGAACUGACUGUGGUUGGAAAGUGUCUAUUCUUACCACAAGGGUACAAAGAGAUGAUCUGACAGGGGUGUUAAGUUGGUGUGACCCUGUAACUCAGCUAAAUGUGACACUGUUCUAUUGCUCUGAUUCAGGGCACCCUUGAGUAUGAGGAGAGCAAGACCCUACGUGUCCAACUGGAGCUGAACCAGUUCAAGUCUGAGGUCGACAGGAAGAUAGCCGAAAAGGACGAGGAAAUUGAUAACCUCCGGUAAGGACUCAUGAUCCAUGAUAGUUUUCCAGUAUGCUUUUAAAAUGAGCACAGAUUGGUCAUUAUUUAUGAUGGUGUUUUAGGCUCCUGUCUCUAAGCAGCCCAUUUGUCACUUUCCCUGCAGCCGGAACCACCAGCGCUCCCUGGAGUCCCUGCAGACAACCCUGGAGGCUGAGGCCAGGUCCAGGAACGAGGCGGUACGGCUGAAGAAGAAGAUGGAGGGAGACAUGAACGAGAUGGAGGUCCAGCUGAACCAUGCCAACCGCCAUGCUGCCGAGUCCCAGAGACUACUUCGCCAGCUGCAGGGCCAGAUCAAGGCCAGUGGAGCACUAACACAAUUCAUGCUUUUAAACGAUCAACAUUGUCAUAGAUUUUUCACACAAACAACACGUAUAAGGAAACACAAUUCAUAUUUAGGGCAGAUAUUUAACAUUUUAGACAUUUAGCAGAUGCUUAUCCAGAGCGACUUACAAUUAGUGAAUUCAUCCUAAGAUAGGUGAGACAACAAGUGUUGGAGUAGUGAACUACAUGUAGUUCAGCUAGUAAUUUAACUACAUUUUGCAGUAGCGUGGUGGAAGUUGACAGUGGUGGAAAAGGACCCAAUUGUCAUACUUGAGUAAAAAUAAAGAUACCUUAAUAUAAAUUGACUCAAGUAAAAGUGAAAGUCACCCAGUAAAAUAUGACUGGAGUAAAAGUCUAAAAGUAUCUUAUUUUAAUCAUUAAGAGUCUAAUGACGCACCCGUGUGUCAAUCUAAGUAACAUAAUAAAGAAAAGUUAGAUAUCAGUUUUUUUGCAAGGGCUGCGUCUCAAUCCACCGCAUCCGCCUAUGUCAGCCUUCCGCAUCUGCGGUGGAAGGUGUCCGAGCUACAGCGGUGUUUGUCAGACCAUGAGACAUCCCAAAAAAACGUCUUCUCACAAAAACGUCUGUAGUGUCCGAACUCUAUGGAAAGGGGAGACUCUCACAAACACGAUGGUGUUCUCCAUUUUGCUCUACGACUCCCACAAGUGUCACAGGACUCGGGUGAAUGUAACCCAUACAAACAAAUGGAAGUAUGGAGGUAGUUUUGUGCCCAAAGAAAUAAGGGGUUAAAUGUGUCAAAAAAAUAUAUAUAUUUCCUGAGCUUUGCUAUAUCUCUUAGAUAUAGAACAGCCACUUCAAAACCUUAUUCCUUAGGAUACUAUCUUUUUUGCCAUUUAUGAAUGUGUUAAUCAAUGUGAUUCUAUGGGCUAAGGCCAAAUUGAAUAUUUUAUAUAUAUUAUUUUUAUUUUAUACCUGGUAUGACCAUCUAAACCCCCCCCCCCCCCCCCCUUUAUAUUGAUAGGUGCGUGAAUUGGACAAUAUUGCUGUCCUGUCUGAGCAUUCGAAAUGUAACGAGUACCGUACUUUUGGGUGUCAGGGAAAACCGUAUGGCAGUAAAAAGUACAUAUCCCAACUUAUAUGUAUGGGAGUAAAAGUUGUCAAAAAUAUAAAUAGUAAAGUACAGACCCCCAUAAAAACGACUUAAGUAGUACUUUAAAGUAUUUUCAAUUAAGUACUUUACACCACUGGUAAUUGAACUCAAUUCAAAUCUAGGUAGUAUUUUCAGUAGUUUGUUACUUUUUUGCCGUGUAGCUAACUACUGGAACUACACACCACCUUUUUUGCCAAAAAACUAAAGAACAAAUGUGUGAAGUAGGCAAUAAUUAUAUAAAUCAUUAUUAAUAAACCAUUUGUUCAGUGACCAUUAACCACUGUUGUCUGAUGGGGUCUACAGGACCUCCAGUUGGAGCUGGACGACCGCAUCCACCAGAAUGAGGAGCUGAAGGAGCAGUGGGGCCUGACGGAGCGCAGGAACAACCUGCUGGUGGCCGAGGUGGAGGAGCUAUGCACAGUGGUGGAGCAGACCGACCGCGGACGCAAGAUGGCCGAACAUGAGCUGCUGGAGGCCACUGAGAGAGUCAACCUGCUGCAUGCCCAGGUAGGAGACGCCUCAGGGGGCUGGCUGGUUAGGGCAUGGGAUGGAUGAGAGGAAGAAAGGUUUGAAGGAUGUACAAUGUGACAGGAUUGUUUGAUAUAUCUUAGCCACACAGAAACCAUAUUUAGCUAUUUAUUUUAUGAACCUUCUGCUUGAACAGAACACAAGCCUGAUCAAUCAUAAGAAGAAGCUGGAGAGUGACCUGUCCAUGAUGGCUGGGGAGGUGGACGAGGCAGGACAGGAGUGCCGUAAUACCGAGGAAAAGGCCAAGAAGGCCAUCACAGAUGUACGUUACCAAGACAGUGAACCCCUGAUCUCACAAUAUUCAACGCUUUAAUUGUGUGUUGGGGCAACCAAUCCAGUCCAUUUUGAAACUAUGGUUUUGAUAUUCCCUCUCAUCUCCUAUCCAGGCGGCCAUGAUGGCAGAGGAGCUGAAGAAGGAGCAGGACACCAGCUCUCACCUGGAGAGGAUGAAGAAGAACAUGGAGCAGACCAUCAAGGACCUACAGCUCCGGCUGGACGAGGCCGAGCAGAUUGCCCUCAAAGGAGGGAAGAAACAGAUCCAGAAGCUGGAGAUCAGGGUGAGGGUCACAUUAAAGCGAAUAAGGCCAUACAAAUUCAAUUAAAUGUUUACCGGGUGGCCCUCUUCACUUUUCCCCCAAAAAAAUAAUCUGAAAAUGUUUAAUGUUUUACUGAAAAAUUGAAGUUAGAGCAAAAAUUAUGUCCUCUAUGCCUUUUUUAGCCACUCCAAGAGGCUCACUUUUCAAAAAAUGAAAUCCGUUAAACAUGUAAUAAAAUGUAUAUGGGAGUAAUGGAAUUCACACAGCACAACAUGGACAUCAAUGAAUGGCUAACUGACCAACCUCUGCAACCCACAGGUGAGGGAUCUGGAGAGUGAGCUGUUGUGUGAGCAGAAGAAGAGCGAAGAGUUUCAGAAGGGAGUACGCAGAUAUGAGAGAAGGGUUAAGGAGCUCUCCUACCAGGUAAACAACCACAGCAGUCAGUGCCAACCAGUGGAGGCUGCUGAGGGGAGGACGGCUCAUAAUAAUGGCUGGAAUGGAGUGAAUAGUAUCAAACACGUGCUGGAUACCAUUCCAUUCACUCCAUUCCAGCCAUUAUUAUGAGCCGUUCUUCCCUCCGCAGCCUUCACUGGUGCCCACCUACACAGUACCCCUUUCAUAGCAAGUCAUUGUAGUUGAACCAGAACAACAAAAUAAGUUAUGGACCACUUUCCCUGCAUCAACAGAUGAUGAGGACAAUUAAGGUAGUAGAGGCCUUUACAGUCCAUUAUUGAGUGUUUUUGCUGUUUGUUUAGACUGAGGAGGACAGGAAGACCCUGCUGAGGAUGCAAGAGCUCAUUGACAAGCUGCAGGCUAAGGUCAAGAGCUACAAGAGGCAGGCUGAGGAGGCGGUGAGUAUUAUAGGUUUUCCUUUCAGUCGCACACAACAGCCCAUCAGAACCAACAAUCUCUUACAAUUAUUGAACAAUACGUUGACAGAAUACUUUGUAAUAUUAAGUAUUUUCCCUCUCUCCCCACAAGGAGGAGCAGGUGAACUAUAACGCCACUAAGUACAGGAAGAAGGUUCAUGAGCUGGAUAAUGCCGAGGAGAGGGCAGACAUGGCUGAGACUCAGGUCAACAAACUGCGUGUGGCUGUGCGCACCCGGGACCCAGGGCCAGCCAAGGUGAGCCCUGAUUUCAGUUUAGUUAAAUCCACUCUAUAAUACGUUUAUGUCCAUGGAUAGCGCUUCAACCUUACUUGUCUUUUCAGAUUGCAGAAUGAAAUGGAAGCCUGGUAGUGUUCCUGUACAAAACUCUUUCAGAUGACUGCAAUGUGUGUUAAAGGUCCAAUGCAGCCGUUAUCUCAAUAUCAAAUCCUUUCUGGAUAAAAAUGUAGUACCUUACUGUGAUUGUUUUCAAUUCAAAUGGUCAGGCUCUUAGCAAAGAACAAUUUCUCAAGCAAUCAUUUUGCUAGGACUGUCUGGGAGUGGUCUGAGUGGGGAGGGGAAAACAAAACAGAAAACUAGCUGUUAUUGGCAGUGGUUUGGAACUCCUUAUUGGUCUAUUAACUAAUUUACUGCCUGGUGAUGUCACCAGGCAGGCCAAAACCCCAUCCAACCAAACAAAACAGGCUGGAAUUUCAGGUGACCUUUUCAAACCGCUCUUAUACUAAAAGGGUAUUAUCAUAAUUUCACAGUAUUAUUCCAACCUCAGUGUGGAAAUAUAUAUAAAACACAGGAAAAUCUCAUGUUUGACUGCACUGGGCCUUUAAGUGUGUUUUGACUAGUGUGUGUUCAAAUAGAAAUGAUUUGUGAUAGACCAACACAAGCCAAUGCCAUGUUAAAAGCUGAAAUACUAAAAUGUCCUUUAACAUGACUGUUCAUUGUCAACAAUAAUACAUUGUAUAACCUACAUCCAUGUGAUCUAGUGAGUUAAAGCACUUAAAUAAAGAGACAAGACAGAUUCAAAGUGGUUCUGUUAUUUUUCUCAUUCGCUUUACAAAGUGAAAUUAGAGGGUAUUAGAUGAACACAAACCCACUCUGAGAAGGGCUCAGACAUAGGCCAGGGUUUUUUCUGGAUCAAAAUGGGCUUAGGUCGUGGCAGUGGGUCAAUGGCGCGGCCGCCGACCGGAAAUUUCUGAGGCCCUCUUGCCCAGAGAAACAAUGUUGCCGUUUUUAAAGCUAGUGGGGGUCCUAUGUCAUGACAAAAAUACUUCUGAACGCAUCAUUUUUGGAAUUUUAGUUUUCAUUUAUAUUUUUGUGAUUGUUAGUUCUCAAAGAUCUUAUUAAAAAAAGAUAUAGGUCCAUUAUCUUUUCUACAUACUUUCUGGUUUUAAUUGUUUUAAGUUUACACUGAAAACAUUUCACCAUCCCAAAUGUAAAAACAUUUAUACGGUUUGGUCUGCCAAAUACUUUUCUAUGCAGAAAGAAACCUGUAGGCCCAGUGUCACGUACAGAUGCACACUGAUUCUGAAAAUGGGCACACAACAUGUAGGAGCCUCUCAUGCCAUAAGUGAAACACCUUUCCUAACAUUACUAAGGAUGGCAGUCAGGACUCCUGUGUGUGUUGGACCUGAAACAAAUUCAUUCUUCUGGUGAGUCCAGAGCCUUGUGUCCACCUCGUCCUAAAUCCUUUGUCAUUUACACGGAUCAUGUUAUGAUGUAUUUCUUUAAAUCAAGCCUCUUUCUAGACCAAUAAAAUAAAACUAUUGCUUGUCCCUGAAAUACUGAUGUUUUGGUCUCACUUCUAUUAAGGGCUCUAUUCAAUCGGAUCCGCAGAGUGGUUGUUUUUUUGGUCAGUGGAACUGCGUUAGAGCUGUCAAAUCCACAAGCAGCUCCCAGCAUUAUACCUAAAGCAGACAUUGCCAUUGGCUGCAUGGAGUCGCAUUAAGAGAAAUCCCAUGCAGACUUGUUUGCAAGUUUGAGCACUGGACACCUCAAUUAGGCUGAUAGAAAUCCUAAUUUUGUUGAAUGAUUUUCAAUUUGAACGUCAUUAUUUCUAUAUAGCCUACACUUUCUCGUUCUGAACAUUAAAGUGAGUGGGACGUUGUGGCUUCGUGACAAUGAUCACAAGAGCAGCUGCUCACAGAUUUGACAGCUGCAACGCAGUUACACCUCCGACACAAAACAUCAGCUAUUCUGGUGUCGGCUAUCACCGGUUAACACUUGAUCUGAUUGAAUCUAGGCCUCAAUGUCCCUAAAACAUAUUGACAUACCGGUAGAGUAAUGUAUUUUUUCCAGUUGGUGUACUUACAUAUCGUGUUUGUGUGACUGCACAUCAAAAUGUAAUUACAUGAAUUACAUCUGCAAACAAACUCAAAUUGAUUGUUAAAACCUUUCCUUACUGUAGAACUAUUACACAAACAGGUAUAUGAGUUGUAAGUACUCUGUACGAUAUGCACCAACUGCCAAUGUAAUGACCAUGUACAUUUUGGCGACACUAUGAAGUGGGAAUGUAUUUUUGUUUACCAGAGGGUAGGAGAGAUCCUAUCCAUACUGUUAGUGAAAGGCUGAAGGAACCUCAGUCCUCUGGGGCUGCUGAUUGGCUGACUGUUUCCCCUCCACAGAUACAAUAGAAUGGAAACUCCCAAGUCUGGCAUGUGAUACACCCCAACACAGCUCCACACACAUAUGACACAAGCAUCCACUCCUACACCUAACACUCACAUACCCACUAAAGCAUAUCCACACACACACACACGCCCAAAACUAUGCACACAGUCAUUCUGUAGAGCUAAGGAUCCCUGAAUAACAGCUAUGUGGAGGGGUGAGAGCUCGGAUCUGUUCAGUUUGUAAGUGAUUGGAGACGUUGCCUCUCCUCCUCUCUUUCUUAUCCAUCCAUCCAUCCAUCCAUCUUUCCAGAGGCAGCAUCCCAGGUAUUAAACUUCCAGAAAGUCUCUGCCCAGAUCCAUGUAGGCCUCAUCGAUGUAGCUGGCUAUGGCACAUAGUGAAGUUGGGUCUGAGUCCAACAGAACCGACACAGUCUCCUUCCAGUAGGUAAAGGAUAUACAGGAACUCUGUUGCAGGAAGAGGGUUGAUAGAGAAUAGGAGAGAGAUGUAAGAUAUAAAUUCCCCUGAGACCAUUCACAACCACAAUAGGAUGGAGCAUGGUCCAAUGUACAGGUGACCUAAUACAGAAUUACCACCAUAGCAAGCAAUAUAGAGUAGAGUAGACAGCAUUAAAGUAACAACGGGGUGUGUGUGCAUUGGCCAGGACACUCACGUUCUCCAGACAGGUGCUAUCCUUGUCCUUGUUGAGGUAGUGGCGCUGCCAGAAGCGCAGCAGGUUGUGGAAGUUGUUGAGCAGGCAGCCGGGGUAUUUCUCAGCGUACUCCUUCUCUCUCAGGGCGUUGAGACAGUAAGGCAGCUUGUCCCGCCUCCUGGCCAGCAUCAACACCACCAGGCUGGUGUUCAGACAGCUCACAUUCUCCUAACAUUGGGUUCAGCCACCAUCAAAUAACAGACAGGAUCAUACAGUUAGCUGAUCUGCAGAUGAAGACAAGUAUGUCUCAAUAUGAGAAACAAGAAAUACAGGAAUGUAAAGUCUAUAAUAGCUAGGAGGAUGCAAUAGCACGUGAGCCAUUAGUAAAACUGUCAACAGAACAUAGGAUAGUGUGUUUCCUUGCCUGUGUGAGUGUCUGCACAUUGAUGAUGUUAACGAGCCUGAAGAGGAAGGUCAGUCGGUUUUCCACGCGGGCCAUGUAGGACAACAGACUGCACUCUGACAGUACCUCCACAACUACAGGAGAGAGGGGGAAAGGAGAGAAACAUGGAUGAGUCAGAGGAGGAUAACUAAGAAUACCAAGAGUAGACAUAUUUCACUACCAUAAAGCCACACACAAAGCAUCCCUGAUGCUUCAUUAGGCCUACUAAAACAACUGGUGUUUCUACAGCCUAUUUCUAUGGACCUACCGCUCACAUCCUCAAUCUGGCUCUCAAAGCGGUCCAGGGAGAGGAUGAUACAGCGCACCAGCAUGUUGGAGUCCACCAGAGAGCUGUUGAUCUGGGUCAUAAAAGUCUGGAACUAA